GCUGCCGUCGUUUCCAUGGAUACAAGGAAAUCUCGCGUUCAGCUCAAAAUCUCGCACGGAAAGUAAGUUUUUCUAAAUCCUGUUUUUGUUCAGUCCCUUGAGCUGUUCAAAUAAAAUUUGCAAAUUGAGUAUUUUAUUUUUUUCACACACCAUAGUGUCAAAUAAUGACAUUCAAAUGCCCCAAUUAGGAACUUUUUUCAAAAUAAAACAUUAAAACAAACAAACAAAAUCAAAAACAGUAAUCUUUCAGCAGCUCUGUCAGAUUUGUCUGUGGUAAAACAAUGACUUCCAGGAGAAGACUGUAAGCACAAAAACAGAUUAAGACACUCCCACUUUCAACAGUUUUGUUUUCGGAGAAAGUGAAAGUUACAGAUAACGGGAUGAGAUGGCAGAGAGAUGCGAAGCCACCGAAUCUUUAUUCUGCUCCAUAUGUUUGGAUGUGUUGAGGAGCCCUGUGACUCUUCACUGCGGCCACAGCUACUGUAAGGACUGUGUGAACGGGUACUGGGACCAGGGUGGUGUUUACAACUGUCCCCAGUGCAGACACACUUUUACUCCGAGACCUCUGCUGAGCAAGAACACAGUGCUGGCUGAUUUGAUGGUAAGAAUGUCUGUGGUGGGACAGAAAACCCUUCCUGCAAAGGAUAAAGUCGCUCCAGGGGAUGUGGAGUGUGAUUUCUGCAUUGUGAGGAAGCUGAAAGCUGUCAAGUCUUGCCUCGUGUGUUUGGCCUCUUACUGUGCCACCCACCUGCAGCCUCACUACAAGUCUGCUGCUUUCAAAAGACACAAGCUGGUGGACGUGUCAUCCUCCAUGCAGGAGAAGAUCUGCUCCAAGCAUGACAAGCUGCUCGAAGUCUACUGUCGCAGUGACGACCAGUGCAUCUGUCUGCUCUGUGUGAUGGACCACCACAAAGAUCAUGACAUAGUCUCGGCUGCAGCAGAGAGGAAAGAGAAACAAAAACAAUUUGGAAAGAAGACACAAAGAUAUCAGCAAACAAUGCAAGAAAAAGAGAAGCAGCUGCUGCAGAUGAAGCAGAACAUGAAAAUACUGCAGUGUUUUAGAGAUGCAGCAUUUGAUGAAAACGAGAAGGCCUACAACGAAAUAGUUCUGAUGGCUGACCAACGGCGUUGUGCCAUGAAGGAGCUGAUCACAGAUCAGGAGAAGGCCGUUGCUAGCCUUGCUGAGGUCCUCAUGGAUCGACUGCAGCAGGAGAUCAGAGAGCUGAAGAAGGCAGAGAAUGAGCUGAAGCAGCUGUCAGUCACUGAGGAUCACAUUCACUUCUUGCAGCACUGCCAGAAGACUUUUGGCUGCCCAGAACCUGACAUGUCGUCUGAUUGCGACAUCCAGCUACACACACCUUUUGACUUUGUGGCAAAGGCUGUUUCUGACUUGAGAGACAAAAUGGAAUCCAUUUCGAAAGCUUUUGCCGAGAUAUCUGAGACAAUUCAAGUUGAAUCUGAUCCCAAGACAAGACAGGAGUUUUCCUUGUAUUCCUGCUGCCUCACUUUGGAUCCCAACACAGCAUUUGAAAACCUGUUGCUCUCUGAGGGGAACAGCAAGGUGACCUGGAUUAAAAAAACCCAGAAUCAGCCGAACCACUCGGAGAGGUUCACCAAAUAUAAUCAAGUGUUGUGCACUGAGGGUUUGUCUGGAGUCUGCUACUGGGAGGUUGAAUGGAGCGGGCCCAGGGUGGAGGUCGCUGUGUGCUAUAAGGUAGAGGAUCUGGAUGAAAGUGGCUUUGGGUACAGCGACAAGUCCUGGUGCAUUUCCCUUUCAAAAUCUCUUUGCUCGUUUUGGUCUAACGACAUCGUGACCAAAACAUCCAUCCCUUGUUCUCCUACAGUGGGAGUGUAUCUGAACCAUAAGGCAGGGAUCCUGUCCUUCUACAGCGUGGCAGAUUCUGGUGAAAUGAAGCUGCUUCACGGAGUAAAAACCACAUUCUCACAGCCUCUGUACCCCGGGUUCAUAGUCUCCAAGGGUUCCUCAGUUAAGAUAGUUAAACCAGGGGGGCACAGGUAGCUCAACAGGUUUAGUGGGUGACCCAUAAACAGAGGCAUCAGUCCCUGAUGUAGCACCCUGGGUUUGAUUCCAGCUCAUGGCCCUUUGCUGCCGGUCUUCUCCCCAUUCUUCACCCUACUUUCCUGUCUGCCUCUCAACUCACCUAUCUAAUAAAGCCAACAAAAGGCCAAAAAAUAACUUUAAAAAAUGAUAGUCAAACCAGAGCAAAGGGCUGUUUGAGUGAACAUCACUGACACAUUAAGUUUUCUUUCUUUAUCUAUGCACAAUGUUCACUGCAAGUUCGCUCUGAAAAUCUACAGCUUUUCCCCCUUGUAGUCAAAACCUAACUGUAUUCUGACAGUUACUCCUUUUUUACAUAAAUGUAAAUGUGAGCUGUUAUAUGCAGUAAUAUGUCCUUGGAUUUAAGACUGUUGACUGCGAAUCUAGUUUCUCCCUGUGUACUUAAACACAGCAGCAUUCAGGGGGACACACAUGAACACAUAACAGGGACAAUAGAGCUGAACAACAGUGUUAAAAUGUGAAAAGGAACUAAAAUAAAUGUGUUUAAAACUGUUGAACAUACCCUCUUAACCAGCACAAGUCAUUUCUAUCACAUUUGCAUGUUUUACUUUUGUCAAUAAAAAGUUAAAUUAC